AUGACGCGACUAUCAGAUAAUGAAACUCUAUUGAUUGAGCCGCAAGAAGACGGUCAACACGAUGAAACAAUCGAGGAACGAUGCUUCUCUGCGGCGCUCAUCUGCCUUGAAGGGCACUUUACCCAGUCCCCUCCCAUGGGACCGCACACAGCAGCCAAAGUGAGCUCUAUGAUCAACAAAACACUAGAAAAAACACAUACAUUCCGCAAGACUCGCGAAGCCGUCUCAAGAAAUGUGGCGAUCUGGAUCUGGCUCACAAGGAUUUUUGCGGCUGCUAUACCCAGUCUCACCACAAGAUCCGUGGGACCCUUGUCAAGCCUCAACGAUCCAGAGAAAGGCGUCACUCCACAAGAGAGCACAGCCUUAAUCGUUAUGAACCAUGUGUCGAUAAGGGAAGACCUCGAAACUCUCAUCAAGCUGAUGCACAUCGCGCGCAACUUGCUUGUCAAUGCGGAGCCUGAAGUGCCCCAAGAUAUCUGUGCUGCGGUUCACUUUGAUCAAAUGGUCUACCAAACAAUCAUCCUAUGUGUCAAUGUUACUAGCAAAGGCUAUGACGGAGAGAUUCUUGACGAGGCCCAGAGAAUAAAAUUGGGUGGCGUUACUGAACUAUACAAAAAGCUACUUGUGACUUCGUUGCAACAGGCGCAUAACUGGACAGCCAAACAUGACAGGAACAAAAUGUCGUUCUGGUUCGACGUUUUGUUUGACGACGAUGGCGCGCUUUCAUGUCGCGAUGAGAAUCCUGGCGAUAAUUUAGGUUUCCAACCAGAAGAGGCCAAAAGACAAGUCCAACACUGGUUGGAUAGAAAUUCCAAGCUUUGCGACACUGCCAGGAAACUUCUCAAGGAUCAUGCUCAGAACCACGCCGAUAAACCACCCGGAAACCUUGCUCCCAUCCGCCCAUUGGCCUGGAACUGGCUCCCGGAUGGCUCCGUCGACGUUCCUGGAGACGUGACCAAUACUGACGAGAAGAUCAACCCGGUGUGGAGGCCAGAUGAGACGGAUAAAUUCGAGCAAGAUCGUGCUUACGGUCGCGUCUCUAGAGAGAUCGAUACCUGGUGGCUGAAUGCCCGCGACCCCAAUUACGAUGAAUGGAAUGUUCCCAUGCCUUCCGUGGAGUUCGCGCAGACUCGUCUUGAGCAUUGUCGUAACAACCUCAUCCAUCAAUACGCUCACUCUUGCGGGACGGACCAUUCACCACCUUCGGGCGUCGUUGAGGAAGAACAGCUAUCAGACCACGAACAUUGCCAUCACUGCGAGCACGAUGACCACGACCAUGAGCAUGAGCACACUCACGAAUGCACUCAUGACCACGAGCACGAGCACGAAUGUACCCAUGAUCACGAACACGAGCACGAGCUCAUUGGCCGUCACCAUCACCACGAAGACGGCCUUGAAUGCCAGUGCACAUGUGAUCACGUCCAUGACCAUGAACACGAACACGAACACGAUCAUCAUCAUCACCACCAUCACCAUCAUGAUCAUGAGUAUGGUCAUGACUAUGUGGAAGAUAUAAUGGACGAUGAAGACGUUGACGAUGAUGAAUCUUACGGGGAAGGACCGUUGACAGGGCUACUUACUGAGGUGCCGAACAUCCUAGACCCGAAGCAGAUCGAGGCUUUGCACAUGAUCGUGAAGUCAUGCAUACUGGACAAUGCUGGCUCCGGCUUGACUCGCGCGGGCGAGAACCUUCAAAAGACGCGCUGUCGUAUGUUCCUAGCGCUCGACUGUGGAAAGAGUCUGCUACGAGAGAUGCUGGUGUUCAUUGCCGUCUGGGAAAAGGAUGAGCAGUCACUGAUAUUCCAGGUGACAACCCAGAUCGUGGAGGCUCUUCAUCACAGCGCUUUGAUUCCGUAUGCAUGGAACUCAUUGCGUAUAGCAAAGGACAUCAUUUCGCCAGCACAGACAGUUCUCCUGCGACUUGUUAACCACAUGUUCAGAGCUCGAGUCAACAAUUCAUCUUCCCAGGAAAACAAGGAUAACGCUCGCGAUAUCAAGCUUGUGCACUUCUUCUUGAGCUUCUUCCGAACCCGCAUCGUCCCAGAGUGCGCUGCUUUGAUGCACCUCCAAGCUCAGAUCCGCGAAGAGAACUUUGACCCAUCUGAGUUCCCUGUGGACAGCUGGGAUAUGGAACGUGCUAAAGACGGAUUGGCCCAAUACCUUGACUUCCUCACAACGGUUGCCGAGAUGAUGGACACUCGGGCGAAGCUUAUCGAAUGGGAGGCUGUCUACGACCUCAUCACCAUUCUGAGUGGAUUGGAGGCUGGUGUGCCUAAGAAACCUCUAAUUGAACUCCCGAAGCGAUCGCCAAGAAGUGAAACCAACGGCAACCCUAUGGUCGAGCGGCCCUAUUCAUCUGCUGACGAUGGCCUUCCACCUUCGCCGCCACCUCCUCCUCUGCAAGAGCCAGCUCACAAGUUCCCCUGGUCCGGAAUUAAGGGACAAAUAUUUACCAUUAUCGCUACUCUCCUACAGCCACCCCCUGGUCAGAGUAGCCCAGGUAACCCUGAUGUCCAGAUGCAGAUGGUCAAGUACAACGGAAUCGUGCCUCUCCUCAACUGCUGCGCUUACGAUGAUCACAACCCUUUUGCCAAGGAACGAGUGACAAUCUGCCUCAAAUGGUUGUUGGAUGGAUGUGAGGCUGCCAACACCUUCUUCCGGGAGCUUGUCAAUCUUUCACCUCCACCCAACCUGCGCCCCCCACCCGGUGGUACGACUGUGUCAACCAUCAGAGUCGAUGGUAUUCAAGGAGAUGUCAAAGUGCAAGUCCGCUCAAGUACGGCAGGCCCAAGAGAGCAGGAAACCAGCGAUAUCGUGGAUGGGGCAGGGAAAAUCGAUCUGAACCAACCAAGUGGACGAGGCAGCAUCGAGGAUGAUUUUAUGGCAUAA